CGCAACCUGUUGAUGUUGGAUCACCAGGCCAAGCUUCGUCUCUGAAACGAUACCUAGCUUCCCUCGCGUCGAACUCCCUCCCUACCUUCAUUCUUUUGACAAGAUGUUCUUCCGGGCUUCUCAUCUCGUGGCGGCGAUGGCCCUCUUCGAAGGGUCAUCGGCAAAGGAUUGGUUGAGUCCCGAGUACAAGUACUUUUACCAGUUUCCUCUGCCGAUUCCGCCGGUGAAGCAGCCCAAGAUGUCGAUCACGAACCCGGUCACAAACAAGCAGAUCGAUUACUACGAGGUCGACAUCGUUCCCUUCAAACAGCAGGUCUACCCCAACAAGGGACCGGCCUCGCUUGUGGGCUACGAUGGCAUCUCCCCUGGUCCUACCUUUCUGGUUCCCAGGGGACGGGAGACGGUUGUCAGAUUCACCAACAAGGCUGUUCUGCCGAGUGCGGUGCAUCUCCACGGUUCGCCUUCUAGGGCACCUUGGGACGGGUGGGCGGAGGAUCGCAUCCUGCCUGGACAGUACAAGGACUACUACUACCCCAACAGCCAGAGUGGGCGCUUCUUGUGGUAUCACGACCACGCGAUGGACAUCACUGCCGUCAACGCAUACUUUGGUCAGGCCGGUGCCUACAUCAUCCAGGAUCCCGCUGAGGAUGCUCUCGGUCUCCCCACCGGAUACGGUGUAAACGAUAUCCCCCUCGUCCUGUCAUCCAAGCAGUACAACAAUGACGGCUCUCUCUUCUCUCCCGCCGGCGAGACCGACAGCCUCUGGGGCGACGUCAUCCACGUCAACGGUCAACCCUGGCCCUUUUUCAAGGUCGAACCCCGCAAGUACCGCCUCCGCUUCCUCAACUCUGCCGUCUCACGAUCUUUCAUCCUCUACUUCCAGCGCCAGACCGGAGGCGCCAACAUUCCUUUCCAAGUCAUCGCCUCCGACGCAGGUCUCCUCACGGGCCCCAUCACGUCCUCCACCUUGACUAUCUCCAUGGCCGAGCGCUGGGAGGUCGUCUUCGAUUUCAGCCAGUUUGCGGGCCAGAAUAUCACGCUCCGUAACCAAGACGACGUUGGCAAGGAUAAGGACUACGGUUUCACGAACCAGGUGAUGCGCUUCGUCGUCAGCAAGCCCGCUGUUGUCGACAACGCCGUCGUCCCCGCCAACCUUCGCAACGUCCCCUUCCCGCCGUCGCAGGGCAACGGCGUUGACCGCAAGUUCCUGUUCCACCGCCAGGGCGGCGGCUGGAAGAUCAACGGUGUCGGCUUCAGCGACGUCAAGAACCGCAUUCUCGCCAACGUGCCCCGCGGCAAGGUCGAAAUCUGGGAGUUCGAGAACGGCGGCGGCGGCUGGACGCAUCCCAUCCACGUGCACCUCGUCGACUUCCGCGUCCUCAGCCGCACCAAGGCGAAGAGACCCGUUCUUCCUUAUGAGGCUGCUGGUUUGAAGGACGUGGUUUGGCUUGAUGCUGGUGAGGUAGUCCGCGUUGAGGCGCAUUACGCCCCGUGGGAUGGCGUGUACAUGUUCCACUGCCAUAACCUCAUCCACGAGGACCACGAGAUGAUGGCGGCGUUCAACGUGACAGCCCUGGCCGAUUUUGGGUACAACGAGACUUCCUUUGCCGACCCGAUGGAGGCUAGGUGGAGAGCUGUUCCGGUUACUGCUACGGCUUUCAGCGCUGAUGCUAUCACGCAGAAAGUGCAGUUCAUGGCGUCUCUUCAACCUUAUAACAACGUUGAUGAGGUCACGACGAGGCUGGAUCAGUACUGGUCCACUCGUGGCGGCGUCAAGAUGAGACGUGUCAAGAGAGCUGCACAGGCUGCUAUCGAUGGACCACAGUAGAAGAUUUGAGGUUGACUCACAUAGAGUCUUGUAAGAUAUUAUGCGAUAAUCAUGUAUAUCCGAGGAGAUGGGGGAAGGGAGACCAGAGGGCGUACUUUCACUUGUAAAACUUCACUACUUGUACUGUACUUUUGGCAUUCGAACUUGUAUUCUAUACUUAAUCAUAAAAACAUAAAAACCAG